AUGGCAGUCAAACCAGUCUACGAUGCGUUCGCCUCGAGGCCGAAAGACCAAAUAAUUCGCGAUCAAUUCAGCAUUGCGACCUGGCUCUCCAUUGGUGCAGUCAUACAAGCCGCUGCGUACACUUUGCUACCGUACCGUAAUAUCGUCACAAUUCUCCCAGUCGUGCUCUUCCUCGCCUACAAAAUCUCCUAUACAGCGUGUGUUGCGACCGGACUCCUCGCAAAUUCUAGGAUGAAGGAUGUCAUCCGGUACCGCACAGGUAUCAUCUACCCUGACGAGAAGGGCGUUCAGGAUAAGGCUGCCAAUACCGAAAUGUGUGCCAUUAUCCUCGGUGUUGUAUCAAACCACCCACUUGGCAUGCUGGGACCAGGUUUCAGGGGCGUCGGCGAUCGCUUCGAUGCGAUGGUCAAGCAGAUGUCGAAUGACGCCACGAAAUACGGAUACCUCGGGCAUUCCGCAUGGCUCAACGCAUCUGACAACACCACCUCGAACGAGUUCAUGACUAUCUUGUACUUCCAGAAUGAGCACUACCUGCACGGGUAUGCCCAUGGACCAAUGCAUACGCAGACUAUGCAGUGGUGGAGGGAGGUUGAGAAGGAGAUCCCUCACGUGGGAAUUAUGCACGAGGUCUUCGCGUGUCCGAAGAAGAGCUGGGAGGGCAUUUAUGUGAAUUACCCGCCUGUCGGUCUUGGUGCAACGACUAAGGAAGUAAUCGGCCCAGAUGGCAAGAAGUCGUGGGUCACUCCUCUUGUUAAGCUUGGAGGCAAGCUUAUGUAUAGCAAGGAACGCAUGGGGCGCGCAUAUUGUGACGAUGAAUGGAACGCUUCCGCCGCGACGAUGCCAGCAGAGACUGAUUAA